GCGGAGCGGUUUAGUUGAGCGGCGCGCGCAGAGUUUGAGAGGCGGUACGGGUUCCCGGCCGAGUGGGCUCUGGGUCUGGCGCGCGUUAUGGAGCUCCAGGGCCUGGAGAGCGAGUGGGCAGCGGAGGACCCGCUGCUGCACAAGCUCAGCGACAGCCGCCGCCGCUUCCAGAGGCGCAUGCAGCAGCUGAUAGCGAAGUACGAACACCCCUUCGAGGACGCCCCGCUGGUGGAGAUGUCCACGCUGACCUACAAGACGCCUCAGGGAUUGAGAAUUUGGGGAGGAAAACUAGUGAAGGAAGUAAACAAAGGACAAAUCCAGGAUCCCCCUGGGAAGCCAGUGGACGGGGCAGAUGACCCUGGGCCAGGGCAAGGUGAUAAGCGUCUACGACCCCACACACAGGUCCCGGGAAUGGAUUCAGAAAGCAGUGACGCUGAGGCAGCCUCAGACCUGGGGGACCUGUCCGCCUGCACCUGGACGCCUGCAGUGCCUCAGAGCCCUUUGAGAGAUGAGCUAAGAAGGAAGUACCUGACCCAAGUGGACAUCCUGCUCCAGGGUGCCAGGUGUUUGGAGGGUGCAGCGAAGGGAGUCAGGAAGGACACACCGAAGACGCCGGCCCUGUUCCUGGCCUCGCCUGCCAUGCCUGCCCCUGGAUAUUCUGGUGACGACUCGACAGAGAGCCUCGGUAAUGCGGCACAGCCUGCUCCCUCCCCCAGGGCCUGGGGUCCCUUGCACCCUCGCCCGGCAGACCUGGCUAUAGCCCCCAGCAGUCCCAGCUGCUUAAGCACCCAGUCCUCUGAGGCCAAUGACAUCUGCAAUGUGACGAUCAGUGACUUGUACGCGGGCAUGCUGCACUCCAUGAGUCGACUGCUGAGCGCAAAGCCAUCGUGCAUAAUCUCCACCAAAACAUUCAUCGUGCAGAACUGGAGCUCCAGGAGGAGGCAGCCCCGGAGGAGUGGGGUGCAGAUGAAUGAGACGUACUGCAAAGGGGCCAGGCCCUCCCGGAGGAGCACCAAGGAGCGGUCCACACCCUACCCAGAGCCCAGGAGAGAGAGGGGGACAGUAGGAGACUCCAGGAACUUACCUCAUGUUCCUUGCCCCAAGACAGGCUUCGAGUUGGAGAAGGCUUUUCUUGACGAGAACAAACCCCAGCUCCAUAAAUUCGACCCCAGUUGGAAGGAGCUUCAGGUGACUCCCCGGAAGCGCUCCUCGUUGACUUCCUUAGACUUCAACAUGGUGCAUCUGGAUUGGGAAAGCCGACUCAUGACCUUAAAAUGGUUAAUUUCACCUGUGAAAAAAGUUUCUCUACCAAGAAUGCCACAGGGCUGUGCAGAGAAUCGGUACAGGGAGAUUGGAAGCCAAUUCAACAAGCUUCAUCAAGCAUGCUGCCCAGAUCCUGGGAAACAGCUUCCUCGAGCCACCGGACGCUCAGACUCCUGGGCCUUGGCCGUGUACAGAGGUGGCUGUGUGAGUCCUGACAGUGCACGGGGCUUGGAAACAUGCAGGCCAAGGCUACCUUUCAGCAGAGCCAAAGCUAAAAGCCUGAGUGAGACUUUUGAACACCUGGGCACAAGAUCUGUGGAAGUGAGUGGAGGCCCACCAAAGAGGGCUUCCUCUUCCUCGAUUUCCAAGACCCAUCCACCACCGAGCCCAGGCCACUCUCUGCAGACAUGUGACCUUUUUCAAGGACGCGAUUCCGGAACCGUGAGAAAGGCAGUGUUGCCCAACCAAGCUAUUUCAGUACCAAGGACAGAACCACCGAGCUGUCCAAAGAGUCGCUAUGAUGAAAUUAAAGAAAAAUUUGACUGUCUGCACCAGAAGUAUUUCCAAACAUCACCUCAGCAGGGGAAGGUGCUGUCACGUGUUGCCGUGUCUGCAGAUAAAGCCGGGGCGGAAGUUCAGUGCCCAGUGGGAGACAGCUGUAGAGAAUUAAGCCUGGACACUUUCGUCUGGGGCUUCCAGUGGUUCCCGAGAAGUCUACCGGGCUCAUCUGCAGUUGAGGCUCAAGUGUCUGCAGGCACAGCCAGGGGGGCUUCUCUGAUCCCCGCAAAACGACGAAGGCUGUCAGACCCCCAGGUCUGUGGACUCCAGAGCAGGGGAGCCGCUCAGCCCCUGCCAGCCCAACGGGGGAAAGAAUAUAUCCUUCAGGAUGGAAGAGAAAAAUGAUUUUUGUUAGAAAAAUUCAAAAAUUAAAAUGUAUAGCCAGUUUAUUUUGGACCCUC